AUGAACAGGGUUGAUCUCCGCGGCUUUCUCCCGAAAACCAUGCUGAAAAAUUACCUCAAUGGAAUCUCGCGUCCAUUCUCUCCCCAUUUGGUGCGCUGGAAGUCUGGAACUUCGUCGCGUCGCUGGGUCACUAGACAAAUGGACGAUCACCAUACUAAGCAAUCCAAAGAGCAAGGGUUCCGGUCCAGAGCAGCAUACAAGCUCAUUGAGAUCGACCAGAAGUUCAAAUUGUUCAAUAAAAAUACCGCCAAUAUCGUGGAUUUGGGUUUUGCGCCGGGCGCCUGGACUCAAGUGGCACUUAAAAGAAGCCAGACUCUACAGAACAAAAUGAACAUCCUCGGGGUGGACCUUAUAGACUGUUCGCCGCCACAGGGUGCCUCCUUCAUUCAAGGCGAUAUUCUCUCGAAAAAAACACACCUGGCAAUCAAAGAACAUUUCCAGGGCGGUGUUGAUGUGGUGCUCAGCGAUAUGAUGGCUAAUACAAGUGGUAUUAAGGACAAUGACCACUACGCCAGCAUGGAUUUGUGCGAUGGAGUGUUGAUUUUGGCAUGCGAACUUUUGAAUCAAAACGGAUCUUUGGUGAUGAAGUUCUAUUCUGGCGCCGAAGACCCGCUUCUCCAGUCUCGGUUGCAAAAGAUGUUUCACAAGGUCUACAGAUGCAAGCCAGAUGCGUGUCGAGCAGAGCUGCGAGAAUUGUAUUUCGUGUGUCUACGUAGAAGACUGGCGGAGCAGAAAAUCGAGGAUAUUUUUGCCGACGAUUAA